AUGAGUAUUGGUUUCAUACCCAAGGGGGUCUUCAAUACCCUAAGUGAUGAAUUCAUUGACCGUUUACGUAAGGUCAACACUAACUAUAUGCUACGCCUUAGAAAACUCCACCUAGUACUUGAUCUAAAUCACACCCUGCUGGCUCUCACAAAACUCAGUGAUCUGACUCCAGAAGAAGAAGAAUAUUUAAACAAUACCCAAACACUGCAAGAUGUUUUCAAAGUGCAAGCUCCUGAUGACAGUAUGAGCCCUAUGAUUAUCAAGUUGAGACCCUUUGUUAGAACCUUUCUCAAGAAAGCAAGUGACAAGUUCGAAAUGUAUGUUUACGAAGAUGCUCCUCAAUCUCUUGUGAGGAAGAUGGUUGAGCUACUGGAUCCUAAGAAUGAGUACUUUGGUCAAAGAGUGAUUUCGCGCGAGGAUUAUUUUUGGAGCAACCACAUGGGAAAGAAGCAUCUUGAUCUUGUGCUUGGCCAGGAGUCUGCUGUUUUGAUCCUUGGGGAUAACCUCGAGGCAUGGAUGGAGCAAAAUCAAAAGAACAUAGCAGUACCAGUGCAAAAGUAUCCUUUCUUUAAACAAAGUUGUGGCCAGAAGAGCAGGCGCAAGUCUCUUUGUGAGUUGAAAAAUGAUGAAGGGGGGAUUUAUCUUGCAAAUGUUCUUCAACGUCUUAGGCGAAUACACAGCAUGUUCUUUAAUGAUCAAGUGAUGUGUGAUAAGGUUUUCGACAGAGAUGUGAGGAUGGUGUUAAAAAGUGUCGAAUGGAUUUCCAAGACCUAUAAGAGGAAGAAGUUAAAAAGUGUCAAAAUGAUUUCUAAGACCGAUAAGCUUCUGUUGAGGAAGAAGGCAUUAUCAAACUGUAUGUGGAAAAAAAGUGAUCACCGGAAGAAGAAGAAGACAGAGAAGAUGGAAGAGCAGUCACCGGAAGCUUCUUAUGUUGAAAAACUAGAGGAUCCAGAAUCAUCGGUGGUGGAUGCAGUAGCUGAUCAUGUUGGAACGUCACCGGCUCCUUGGGUACACCCGAGCUGGAUUGAAAAAUCAAUCCAUUUGUGGAAAAAGAGUCAUGCAGACAAGGGCCCUGUUAUCACCGAGGAGGGCGAAUUUAGUUGCAGGCUUGCAGCUCAUAUUGGAACGCUGGAAUAG